GCUCCAGCAUGUGGCCAAUGAGAAACGAGCCUUUCCGAGGUUUUCCGCUUUCCCUGAAGUUCUUGACAGAUUCGAUUUUAGAUUGAGAGUUCAAGAUGGCCGCCUCAGGUUGCAAGUAAACAGUGUAGUCUUUUGGAUCCACUUCCCCACGACUCUCACCUGAGGUAUUGGUGUCAAGUAUAGAAUCCCCCUCCUGAUCCUCUCGUCAUGUCCUCCACCUCCUCCUACUCCUCCUCAGGAGAAACUAGUCCGGAGGAUCCACCCCGAGGUGGGGGCACUAUCCGAGUCUACCUCCCCAACAAGCAAAGGACUGUGGUGAAUGUUCGACAAGGACAGACGGUGUAUGAGAGUCUAGAUAAAGCACUUAAAGUGAGAGGCUUAAGCCAAGACUGCUGUGCUGUAUUCCGCCUUCUCGAAGGUCGGAAGAGACUGACAGACUGGGACACGGACAUUACUCCUUUGGUUGGAGAGGAGCUAUUAGUCGAGGUCCUGGAUGACAUUCCCCUUACCAUGCACAACUAUGUACGGAAAACUUUCUUCAAGCUGGCUUACUGUGAUUUUUGCCACAAGUUCUUAUUUAAUGGCUUCAGGUGUCAGACAUGUGGAUACAAAUUUCACCAGCACUGCAGUAGCAAGGUACCUACUGUUUGCGUGGACAUGGACACGGUCAGCAAGCAGCGUCCCUGCACAGAUGAGUAUCCUCAGAUACUAUUGCCAGAAAAUUCCCCAUCACAGAGUAACAUAGCCUUUACACCAGAGCCUGCUGGGCUGGACCUCCUGUCACCAACAUCAGCCUUUCGCUUCCCCAUCCCCAGUGGAGAUGGCCAAUCUCUACAAAGGCAUCGCUCCACCUCGACACCAAAUGUUCAUAUGGUCAGCACAGUGAGCCCGGCUGUUGUCAGCAUUAUAGAGGAAGCAGUGAAAUUUAACAACACAAUAGGUCCUGAGCCAUCACCAAAGCCAUCCACUAGCCCACCCUCUUUAGGUUCUCCAGGGAGAAGACCGCCCAAGUCGCCUUCAGAGCACAAAGAACGAAAGCCCUCCUCCUCGGAUGACAAAAAGAAAGUGCAUCGAGGGGGCUACAGAGACUCAAGUUACUACUGGGAGGUCCACUACCGGGAAGUCACGAUUCAGAAGAGAAUAGGAGCUGGCUCCUUUGGAACUGUAUUCAAGGGCAAGUGGCAUGGGGAUGUAGCGAUCAAGAUCCUUAAAGUCACAGAGCCGACGCCCGAACAGUUGCAGGCCUUUAAAAAUGAAAUGCAGGUCUUAAGGAAAACCCGACAUGUCAACAUCUUGUUGUUCAUGGGUUACAUGACUAAGCCCAAUUUUGCCAUAAUCACACAGUGGUGUGAAGGCAGCAGCCUGUACCGCCAUCUGCAUGUCUCUGAAACCAAAUUUGACACGAUGAGGAGGAUUGACGUGGCCAGACAGACAGCACAGGGAAUGGAUUAUCUUCAUGCAAAGAACAUUAUUCAUCGUGACCUGAAAUCAAACAAUAUUUUCCUCCAUGAAGGUUGGACUGUUAAGAUUGGGGACUUUGGCCUUGCAACAGUCAAGUCACGGUGGAGUGGCUCUCAGCAGGUCGAACAGCCUAGUGGAUCAAUUCUUUGGAUGGCUCCUGAGGUGAUCCGAAUGCAGGACAGCAACCCAUAUACAUUCCAGUCUGAUGUAUAUGGCUAUGGUGUCGUGCUGUUUGAACUGAUGUCGGGGACUCUACCAUACUCCAAUAUCAACAACAGAGAUCAGAUAAUCUUUAUGGUGGGACGUGGUUACUUGUCCCCAGACCUCAGUAAACUCUAUAGUACCUCACCCAAGUCAAUGAAAAGGCUGAUCAUUGACUGUCUGAAGUUCAAACGGGAUGAGAGGCUCUUGUUCCCGCAGAUCCUUAUAGCCAUUGAGCAAGUACAGGACCUGUUGCCAAAAAUUGAGCGCAGUCGUUCUGAGCCCUCUCUCCAUCGGGCCGUCCACGCUGAGGACCUGAAUCCUCUCCUGUUCCACACCACUAGGCUGAUGCCACUCUAAUAUUUCUACAGCACUAGGCGGAAAGGAUGUACCCCUUUCAAAAACCACAGCAUUCCAGUGCCUCUGAGAGGCUUCAGCUGAUUCUGAUGCAGAAUUUCAUCACGAAUGUUUUUUGAGCCUUGGAGCUCCAGCACCCUGUAACACACUGCAGGAAAAAUCUUUAGGUCUUGAGUUCCUUUUUUAAAUUCUUCCAAUGACGAACAGCUCGUUCAAAGAGGUGAUAUGUUUGCUUCUUCGUCGCCAGUUUCUCAUGUUUGUUGGAGAAUAUCUUUCAAAUGGGCAAUAGAUACUUACUGAGAGGUCUCCAUUGCUUAAUGGAAAAUGAGCACUGCAACACUGGCUAAUACAGGCUCAGAUCGUGGAAGGAUUACUGCGAUCACAAUCAAAAAUGCACUUCACAUCAAAAUCGUCUUUCUCAAAGCAUAGCCCGUUUGACAACCGUGUAGAGAUGUUUUUAUUCCACAGUAAACCUCAAUAACUCCACUUCUCCAAUUACUUUCUAAUGAAAUCAUUUGUAUUCACAGUAUACUACAUGCAAUUUAUUGAUUUAUAACCCCAAGGACAGAUGAAGACAGAGCUGCCAACUGUUCCUAAAUAAUUUCCAGACAUGGCGUCGUUCCGCCCAUAGGCUCCAGAGACGCAGUGCUUAUGCAUGCGCAGUGGAAGCUCACAGACAACCCCGUUAGUCAAAAUUUUAACCCCGAUCACGGCGAUCGGGUUAAAAAUUUUAGCCUUACCAGAUUCAUAUCAGCGGCGAGGAAAUAGGGAAGCGACACAAUGUCAAGCUUCAUCGUCAAAUUAUGAUGUUCAAUAAUGCCCAGACAACUGUGCAUUCAUGAAAACCUGAUUCAUCAAAGAAUAACAAUCGCUAAAACACUUAACUUGAUGUCCACUGUCAUAAUACUUUUCGUAAUUCGUUGGGUCACUGAAGCGUAAUGGAAGUGAUAUUUUCAAUCCCUUGUUUUUAUUUGUUUCUCUGUCAGUUUUUUGAGAAUAUUUCUCCGCACUAAAUUGGCGAGUGGCACUGAAAAGGUUUUGGGACUGCUACCUUUUAUUAAAAAACAAAAAAAAGUGAAUUGUGUACAUUGUUGGAAUGUCAGUGUAAAACUAAAUAUUUUAAUAAUUUUGUGAUUGACUUAUUCUUUGAAUUAAGUAAAAUUGCACACACACACACACACACAGAUGUGUGCGUGUGUGUGUAUAUAUAUAUAUAUAUAUAUAUAUAUAUAUAUACCGUAUAUAUGUGUGUGUGUGUGUGUAUAAAAUAUAAAGAACAGUGCGAUAACCGCCGCCAGUAAUUAAUUCCACAUAAUAACCAGUAAUUUUUUUCCAUAGAAUUUUGAAAAUAGGGAAAUUUCGACAAAUUAUUAAUUUCUAUCCCGGUAGGUUGGCAGCUCUGUAAAGUCCUAAAAUAAGCCUCGAGUGAUUGAUUGUGUUAGCGCUAUGCAGAUUUAAAAUACCUCCACACACGUUCUGUUUCGUAGCCUGGAAAAUGACAGUAUGAUAAAUGUUGGAGUUAACAAAUGUGUGUCAAGUAUACAUGAAUCAGGUCAUCCAUCAAUGAAACGGUAAUAUCUUAACUGAAUGUAUAACACAGGAGUGACUUAUGAAACCAAACUGGUAUUAACUGAAAAUGCUUGAGAAUUCACCGGGAAAGGGCGGCUGGGUCUUCUGCUUCCUCAAUUGGUCUUGUUUUUCUCCCCAAACAACUUGCGCUUGAGAAUUGGGCAUCCUAAAAAGUAAUAACUGGAGAGGAAAUUAUUGUGUAAAGGCACACCUUGCCACAAUGAUGCUCAGAGAUUGCCGCGGUCUAAGUGAAGUGUUCACAAAACGUACUUCUGAAACUCCUUUUCAUGUGGCCGAUAGUCCGCCCACCUUGUUACUGCCCAAAUGUCCCCAGGAUUUCUGACCCAGUCACAGUGACAGUGGAAGGGGUCAUCUGGCAAAUUUCUGACAUUUAACUAAAAUUUAAAGCUUCCAUUUCUUGUGUGCCCUGGCACGUAGUUCCUUUGGGGGCGUUCAAUCUCCCACUCCCCCGAUGAGUCCUUGAACACCCCUUCCACUGCCCACAUUACUCUGGAUGCUGCGUUUUAACUUUAGCGCAACCUCCUGGGUGUAAGCAUGGCAAACUAGAAAGCCUGCAUGACUUGUGUUGGAAAAGCAAUACUAAUAACACUAUACAAUCGGCUCAGCAUGAAUUAAAACGCAUGUGUGAAACUCAGAUUUGUCGGGGGCCACAUUGCAGUUAUUAUUUCCCUCAGAGGGCCGUUUUGACUGUGAAACCAUAUAAAUGUAUAAUCUCCUUAGCAUGUUUGAAAUAGACUCAACGUUAUCAAUAAUGAAAAAAAUGAUUUGGUCACAAAAAUUGCUUGCAGGAUCUCAACUUUAUCGAAGUGAAGACGGUUUUCAAUUUUGGUGCAGAUUCCACCAAGAAACACCAAGUUAAAUGCACAUGCUUUGUUGACGUGGGGUACAUUAAAUGAUGUAGUGGUCCGGAUGUGGCCCCCACGUCUCGAGUUAGACACCUUUGACUAAAGCAUGGUGCCGAGUGUAGUCAUGGAGCCUGCACUGUAUUUUCAUUCAUUUCCUCUUGUUGUGACAUGUACAAGCUCUUGCAGGACAAUGUGAAAGUAGGAUGAACGGAGCCGUUGUUUUGAUGGCGAUUGGUAUGAAUUGUGUCAUUUCAGUGACAUUUCAUCGCUGAAGAGACACCGCAGAUACCGAUAUGUAAUUGUUGCGAACGGUGUCAGACGUUUCUGUAAAAAUGCUCGUAGCAGUGGGUGUUUCUUCAAGCACAAUGAGAUGACAUUUGAGCAGCCAUUUGGAACUAUUUUAACAUUAGGGGCUGGGUACCCUAUGUUGUGACUCAUUCCAUGUAUACGGGGCAGUCGUGGGUGGGAAAUGACAUUUGAUGUGGUGUGAACAUGGUUAUUUGUUGAACCAGGGUUUGCAGAGACUUCCUCUUUCUUUUAUUUAUUAACGUCAUUACAAAUGCUGUUGUGCGCUUUCAGAUUUGUAGGUGAACUCAAUGCACAUGUCAGCUGUAUUGUUGGUACCCUUUCAGAAAAGAAUUAUCCAAAACAAGAAUGAAUUUUAUUUGUGAUGCACUUUGCAUCUUAACCAAUUUAAUCCCAAAAUGUUCCCAUACAUUUAAAAGUCAAAAUCAGGUGUAAUUGGUAGCACUUUUAAGUAAUCAGUCAUAAAAAUCUUUAGAGCCCUGUAAAUUAAAUCAUCGUUGUCCUUCACAAAUGUGCCCGGUGGGAUUAAAUUAAUUAAAGUGCUACAGAUAGACAAAUAUGGACCAUAUUGUAAAUGUCCUCUUCAAAUUUAUUUCAUUUUUUAAAAUACCAUUAAAUGAUGAUUUCUAGUCGCAAUAUUGUUCCAUUAAUGAGGGCCUUGUACCUAAUAAAAGGUAAACGCACAAAAUGUGACUGACAAACAAAUCUGGGUGAGGACUCCUUAUUGACACCCACUGAUUACUUGAAUGUCUCCAUGAAUCAGUUUGUCCUUUUAUAUUUUGUUUGAAAAUCUCUCCCUGUUUGGACAAGAUACAUACUUUGAAUAUUUUUUUUAAAACAAAUCGUUGUACUGUAUGUACUACACAGCAAUUUUUUGAUUAAUUGACCGCAGUCCAUUUAAAAAGCUUUCAGUUAAUUUAAUUUUGCUUUAACCCCUUGUGUGUGUGUGUGUGUGUGUGUGUGUGUGUGUAUGUAUAUAUAUAUAUGUAUAUGUAUGUAUAUAUAUAUGUAUAUAUAUAUAUAUAUAUAUAUAUAUAUGUGUAUAUAUAUAGUUUUAAUGUGUAUAUAGGGCGGCCCGGCAGUCCAGUGGUUAGCACGUCGGCUUCACAGUGCAGAGGUACCGGGUUCGAUUCCAGCUCCGGCCUCCCUGUGUGGAGUUUGCAUGUUCUCCCCGGGCCUGCGUGGGUUUUCUCCGGGUGCUCCGGUUUCCUCCCACAUUCCAAAAAUAUGCACGGCAGGCUGAUUGAACACUCCAAGUUGUCCCUAGGUGUGAGUGUGAGUGCGAAUGGUUGUUCGUUUCUGUGUGCCCUGCGAUUGCCUGGCAACCGAUUCAGGGUGUCCCCCGCCUACUGCCCGAAGACGGCUGGGAUAGGCUCCAGCACACCCCGCGACCCUCGUGAGGAUCAAGCGGCUCGGAAGAUGAAUGAAUGAAUGUGUAUAUAGUUUUAAUGUGUAUACUGUAUAUGUAUGUAUGUAUAUAUAUAUAUUAUUUAUACACGUGUGUGUGUAGAUGUAUAUAUGGGGGGAGAGAGAGCAUCGUGUUUAAAACAAACAAUGGAAAAAAUGCUGCAUAUUCACUUGUUUAAAAGGAAAAAAAUGGUUGAACCACACAAAGCAGUGCUAACUUUUCUUAUACAGUAUUAAGUUCACUGAGAUAUUUUAUUGACCAUUGUGGCUCUUUAUGACUUUAAUGGAAGAGUACCAACAAUUUAGCCCAUGUGUACACAUGAUGUCGAUCAGUCUUUGCAACCUUAACAAACAGGAAUGCUUCUGGAGGCGAUUGGUACUGUCUGCUGCCACUCUUGAUUUGAAAACUGUUUCUUGCCAGGGCAUUUGCUUGCUCUUAAGCAUUAAGCAAUCCUGACAUGUUUAUCUGUGACUUUUCACUUGAUUUAGUUCACGGCAUCACUUUAAAAUACUGUAAUAGUGUUUAGUUUGUCUUACAGCAAUGGCAAGAAUACAAACGGCUGCUUUUGAAAAUGUCCAUAAUGCAAGAUGAGCAAUAUUUUACUAUCACAAUGUCAGUUUUGGCUUUAUAUGAAAUGUAACUGUUUUCUUUAUUCAUUACAGGACUGUUUUAUGUCUGUGCUCAUAGAGGAAAAACACAACAGUGGAAAACAGUAGGGUUGUAUCAAAAUAGUUUUUUUCGUAUCUGUAGGUGAAUUGCAAUACAUGUUUUCAGUUAUUUGGGUGCCAGGGCUGGUCAGUUUGCAAUAAUUGAUGUUCUGCUGUGUACAGUUACAUUUUGUUUUCAUUGUUUUUUUUUUAAUUACAAAAAAUACUUGUUUCUAUUUUUGUGUGAUGGUUUAAAAAAAGAACAAAAUAAUUUUAGUGUAUUGGAAAUCUUUAGGGGUUUUAUUUCUUUUCUUUUUAGGAUUCUUAAAAUAAAGUAAUUCAUCUGUGUUACUUGAACUUCUUUUAUUCUAUUCUAUUUUUGGGAGAUGUGAUUGCAUAUUUAAACUUGUGAACUAGUUACCAGUGGCCACAGCAUCCCUAUUUCAAGCCUCCAUGGAAAAAACAGGAUUGUCGUGACAUGCAGGAGGGGGAAUAAUUAUCUCUAUAUGAGAAGUUCUUGUGUUCCUUCCUUAUAAUCCUUUUGUAGGUUCCAGUAGGCUUGUAGACACCGCUGUUUGCAGUUAGGGGGGUUUUGGGGCGUUUUUAAUACAGUGACGGGUCAUUUUGAACCGAGGACAACAGGAGGGUUAGAGGGCCGGGCCAAAUGUGCUGAUGGGCCGUAGCCGGCCCGCGGGCCGUAGUUUGGGGACCGCUGCUGUGGUGGGUGUCCAUUAUUUUCAUUUAUAUAAGCUGGCAACCCCAAUCCGUGGUAAACCGCGGGCACAAAACUUGCAUUUCAGCAUUUGGAACUCGGCAGCCCUUUCUUCCCCACGGCCUGUCACGCACACCGUGAUAAAGCGUACUGAAUUACAGAGGGGGAAAAAUAGGCUUGGAGACAAACUGGAGGUUUAUUUUCGGUACGUACAUGGAAAUGUGAACAAAGACACCGAAUUGAUUAAACUGGGAAAAAUCCAAGCUACAUGCGUAAGUCAUGAGUCACAAUUUAGAAAAUGUCAUUAAUGAACAGUCUUGCUCAGUCAAGUCAUGAGUAUUUGGAAGGGCGCAACUAACUAAACAUUGCAAACUGUUAAAUGCAAACACACACGCUGCUCUCUGUUCUACAACUUGUAGCCCAGUCCAGAUCUGCUGAUGUGGCAGAAGAGUGUCAUGGCAAAACACAUCCCUAAGACCUGUAAAAAAAAAAAAAAAAAAGACAAACAUGGUCAUCCGUGCUGUAGGUUUUAGUCAUGUUUAACUUGAGCCAUGCUGUCAGUCAGUCGGCGUUUACAUUUCACAAUGUAUAGGUGUGUAUGCGUCUAUUUUCACAAUUCUGUGGAGAAAAUUACUGUGCAGUGGUUAUUGCACUGUUUUUUUAAUAUUUUAUACACGCACGUAUCUAUAUCUAUGUGUGUGUGUACAUAAUAUACAUACUUGUCAACUCAUACGGUUUAGCCAUAGUUCAUAUGGAUUUUGUGGUGAAUCUUACGUAUAUGGCCGUAUCGCACAAAUCAUACGGAUUCUGAAAAAUUUCCGUUUUUUUUUUCACCAACUCCAAAUCAUUUGAAAAAAGUAACGCAGGAAUACAACUCUGAACACAGUAAUGCCACUAAGUAGAAUGGCGAUUAGACAUUAACCAGACAUUGUAUGAUGGAGAUCUACAAUAAAUAUUGAAAAUUUCGUGCGUUUUUUUUCUGCCGUUAUUUUGACAUAUAAAAUGCUUUGGCAUGUUAUAAGGAUUUUUUGUGGUAGUUUAUACAGGUUGGCGCUCCGAAAAGUUGACAGGUAUGAGUAUGCAAUAUAUAAAAUUUGUUUACCUCAAUAAUGCAGAGGAUAAUAACAGAAAUCCCAGUGUUUAGGAAAUUUUCUUCAAACCAGCUCCUUAUCUUGUCCAAACAGCCCUGCAAACCCAAAGCAGACGAUUUGAACUGAACUGAAAAAGAAAGGACUGAGUGUCAUGCUGAACUGGUUACAUAGUAAUGUGUUGAGCUCCCAUACAGUUGAUCUGUACUGUCGCAUCUGUGAGUCGAUGCAGUCUUGAAAGCAGCAGGAAUCUGGCACAUUAUCUCCCCAGUCUGACACAUUGUGCACCCCGCAACAAUCAAACUGGAACAAAACGUUACAAAACAACAACAAAAAUGUUACCUACAUAAAAGUUUAAACCAAAUGGUUCUUGAUCAUUAAAUACAAAUGUGUUUAAGUUAAAAUGUCAAAUAAAGCUAAACUACGUCGGAAGUGAUUGUUCUGUGUCCGAUGAGAAGAAACCUGUGUAAAACUAGUGGCAUGUGAUCCACAUUUUGAGAAUGACUAUGAUAUGCGGUGUGCCAGAAAGGUUUCAGCACUGGGGUCACAAAAGAUACUUUAAACCCAAAUUACGGGUUGCCUUUUCCGACACAGCUUGUAAAUUUCGUCUGCUCAUGUUCAUGUCUCACCGUUUUCUGAACCAGAUCCCACUCACUGCGGUACUCAUCCGGAUGUUUCCCUUUUGCUUGCUUCAAACCGUCGUUCAGAUCACGCUCCACCCAUUUGGCAAUCUAAUGAGGUGACGUGUAGAUUAUUGGCAUAACACUUGGAUGGCACACAAUAACAGAAUGUGUCUCAGGUGUGCCCUAACGUCUUGUUCGUAGAGGAGAAGCAAGCACGCAGCAGUCAGCUCCACCAGCAGCAGGAAGAAGAGCACCAGGAAGAACUAACAGCAGAAACAGACAUGCAUGUUUAUGUCACUCUUUCAACUACGUCCAUUUGCAUUUAAGAAUCACAUACCACAUUUGCGAUGGAUAACCUGUUCAAAUUCUGCUUGACUUGCUUUAAUUGCACUACCCUUAUUGAUGAUGAGGAACUUGCGUCACAAGGGCAAUACCAAUACUUUGACUGUAUUUAUUUUAUUUUCCGGGUAUAUGUGCUUUGAAUCUUGCUGUGGAAAAAAAAAAUGGGGACCAGAAAGCAUUCAUGAUAAUGAUGGCAAUAUUCAGAGAUGUUCCUCAUCUGUGGCCUGUUUUCAGAGAAUUGUUUGAUGUCAGCGAAAGAAUGAUUCCUGUUCAAUGUGUUUUAUCCAAUCGCGUGCUAGCCUAUAAACUACCAUCGUCUGGUGCCCAAACCUACUCUGAAAAAAACCCCAUUUAAUUUUCAUUUUUAGUAGUUUAAAUGAGUCGAAAUCGCAUUGCUGUAAUUUUCAAUCGGUUUACAACUUUGCAAAGCGAUGGGAGCACAUUGUUUUGGUAUCGUAACAGUUGAGUCGACACACCGUAGCUUACAAAGUGACAUGUAACCCAGGGAACUGGCCCGGAUGACCCCUUCUGUAAACGGUGCAUGUCGACAGGAUAUUCGGAAGGACAAUCCGCUGCAGUUCAGUGCGCAAUAUUUAAAAAAAAUCUGAAUGCUCAUUGAAAAAAAAAGUACAGUUCUGUACAUUAUGUGUGUAGUACCGUCAGUAGGAGGCAGCGGUUCUCUUUCAGAGCUCCCAGGAAGCCCAGGAAGGAAAGACACGAGAUGAUGAUGCCACUGAUCAGCAACAUGUUGGCUAAAUUAAAGUUGGCCAGGGAAGGUGUGAGUGCCGUCAGUUUGAAGUUCACCAUCAGGUACACGCCGAAGCCCAUCACGGCCACACCAGACAU